CGACAGAACGGAAGGAACAGGAAACGAAAAGAAAAGAAAAGAAAAGAAAAAUAAAACAAAACAUAUAAACAAACCACAAAAAUACAAAAAGAAAAGACCCAUUGUUCACAGGUCAGCUGCCGCCCUAAAAAAAUUGUUGAAACCCUCGUUUUAGCAAAAACCAGAUCGAUUUUCCCCCGAUUUCAACGGGGCGUCUAAGUUUAAUCAACGACGUCACAAAUCAAAUAUCCAUAAUUAGAAUUUUUUUCCUCUUAUAUAUCCUUAUACUAAUUAUAAUUUUUAGUUUUUAUAACAAUAAUUUCGAUCGAUUAGUCGAUCGAUCGAUCGAUCGGUUGCUUGGAAAAUGGAGGGAAUGAUGAGCAAGCUUAGGAGUUUGGACGCCUAUCCGAAAAUCAACGAGGACUUCUACAGCCGUACAUUCUCCGGCGGUGUUAUCACUAUCGCCUCUUCUAUUGUCAUGCUUCUCCUCUUCAUCUCUGAGCUCCGAUUGUAUCUCCAUGCUGUAACUGAAACAAAGCUUGUAGUUGAUACUUCAAGAGGAGAAACUUUGCGCAUCAAUUUUGAUGUAACUUUUCCAGCCCUACCAUGUUCUAUUCUCAGCCUUGAUGCCAUGGACAUCAGUGGAGAGCAGCAUCUUGAUGUCAAACACGAUAUAAUCAAGAAAAGACUGGAUUCUCAUGGAAAUGUAAUAGAAGCACGGCAAGAUGGUAUAGGUGCUCCUAAGAUUGACAAGCCUUUGCAGAGACAUGGUGGCAGGCUUGAGCAUAAUGAGACAUAUUGUGGUUCCUGUUAUGGUGCUGAAGCGUCAGAUGAAGAUUGUUGUAAUAAUUGUGAGGAAGUUCGUGAAGCAUAUCGAAAGAAAGGUUGGGCGCUGUCAAAUCCAGACCUGAUUGACCAGUGCAAAAGGGAAGGUUUUUUACAGAGGAUUAAAGAUGAAGAAGGUGAAGGGUGCAACAUCUAUGGAUUCUUGGAAGUUAAUAAGGUGGCCGGUAAUUUUCACUUUGCACCUGGCAAAAGUUUUCAACAAUCAAAUGUUCAUGUGCAUGAUCUGCUGGCGUUUCAAAAGGACAGUUUUAAUAUAAGUCACAAAAUUAAUAGGCUCACUUUCGGAGAAUAUUUUCCUGGUGUUGUAAAUCCUCUUGAUGGCGUGCAUUGGACACAAGAAACUCCAAGUGGGAUGUACCAGUAUUUUCUCAAGGUUGUACCUACUGUAUACACAGAUGUCAGUGGGCACACUAUCCAGUCAAAUCAGUUUUCCGUGACCGAACAUUUCAGGAGUGCAGAGGCAGGCCGUCUGCAAGCCCUUCCUGGAGUUUUCUUCUUUUAUGACCUUUCUCCAAUUAAGGUGACUUUCACAGAGCAGCAUGUAUCAUUCUUGCACUUCCUAACAAAUGUGUGCGCUAUUGUUGGAGGUGUUUUCACUGUUUCGGGAAUACUGGAUUCAUUUAUAUAUCACGGUCAAAAGGCAAUCAAGAAGAAGAUGGAAAUUGGUAAAUUUAGUUGAUAAAAUAUCUGGUUGGCCUGGUUGUUGCCGCAUCUUGUUGGCUUAGUAAAUGGAAUCUCAAAUGGAACUUGGUUGGAUGACUGCAUUUUGAAUUAGCCAGCUUCUUUGGAUCACAGCUAACGUUUGUCAUGAUUCAUGAUGUAUGUUAAAUGAAUUAGAUUUAUUUUAUAGUUCAUUUUAUAUGUGCGGUGAAAUGCCUGUUAGCCGUCACUGUCUCUUUCUGGUCAAAUGUAAUAUGGAUAUAUCCGUGAGGGGCGGCUUUUCAUUGUGGUUUUAGCUGAGAACUCGAAGAAUUCUUGGUGAGAAUGGAGAAACAAUCAAUGAGUUUUGUCUAA